CUCUCCAGUCUACUUGUGUCCCGGACUCUGGAGGACAUGGCACGGGGGAGACGGAGGAGAAGAAGCGGUGGAAAAACGAAAAGAUAAAUAUUUAACAAAGUUGGGAACUUAACCGCUUACAAAAAAAAACAACAACAACAACAACAACAACAACAACAACCUACGACUAUAAUGGCUUGCGUGCGUUGCUAAGGAGUUCACAUAUAACGUCAGGAAUUCUGAGGAGGAACGACUGAUGAUUUGUAAGGCUGGUGGAGUGAAACACUGACUGUGCACUGGUUGGACGAGUGAAACCCGGAGAAGAGCUGGGAGUUGUUGAGGAGUAAUCACAGUCUUAUAUCUUAGCCUGUCCACUUGCACCAGUGAGACCUGCUGCAGUGUGUCAGUUCGACAGAGGUCUUGAUCUCAGCUCCUGCAGCCUGCACCUCCUCCCCUCCAUCAGUGGUGGUGACCCAAGUCCGGACAGCUUGCUGCAGGGCCCUUCCUGAGCAGCAGCAGCUGCGUCCUGCUUGCUGACUCCCCUCCCUCCCCUGCUUCCUGUCCUUGGUCAGACAAGGCUAAAGCCUCCUCUCCCCUACCCCACCCCUCAUCUCUGCUGGCCUCUCAUACUCACACACACCAAAGUGGUUUCUCUUGUUGACAACACGUUCACACACUGAUUUAGCGUCUACUAACGCUAGUCGGAGAUCCAUCAGCAGGGGACUUGUAGACCCUCUUGGUCCCCCUGGAGUGACCCGCUACCGCAGAAGUCCUCCCUUUUUACCUUCACUACAGCCUCCAGCAUGACCUCCAUGUCCAGUCUCUUCUCUUUCACGAGCCCAGCAGUCAAGCGCCUGCUCGGCUGGAAGCAGGGAGACGAGGAGGAGAAAUGGGCAGAGAAGGCGGUGGACGCGCUGGUGAAAAAGCUGAAGAAGAAGAAAGGUGCCAUGGAGGACCUGGAGAAAGCUCUGAGCUGCCCCGGACAGCCCAGCAAGUGUGUUACCAUUCCAAGAUCACUGGACGGCCGGCUACAGGUUUCCCACAGGAAAGGUCUGCCUCAUGUAAUCUACUGCAGAGUGUGGCGGUGGCCAGACCUCCAGUCCCACCACGAGCUCAAGCCCCUGGAGGUGUGCGAGUACCCGUUUGGCUCCAAACAGAAGGAGGUCUGCAUCAACCCAUAUCACUACAAGCGAGUGGAGAGUCCUGUGCUCCCCCCUGUCCUGGUACCGCGGCACAGCGAGUUCAAUCCACAGCACAGUUUGCUGGUACAGUUCCGCAAUCUCACCCACAACGAGCCGCACAUGCCCCUGAACGCCACCUUUCCAGAGUCCUUCCAGCAGCCACACAGCGGGGGUGGCAGCAGCAGUGGCGGAGGAGGUGGAGGCGGUUCUUUUCCCAUCUCUCCAAACUCCCCGUAUCCUCCUUCUCCAGCCAGCAGUGGUACUUACCCAAACUCUCCUGCCAGCUCGGGGCCCUCCAGUCCAUUCCAGCUCCCAGCUGACACCCCACCCCCAGCCUACAUGCCCCCAGAUGAGCAGCUGGGCCAGGAGAGCCAGUCCAUGGAAACCACCAGCAGCAGCAGCAGCCUGGUGCCGCAGAACAUGGCCAGAGGAGAUGUGCAACCAGUGGAGUACGAGGAGCCGAGCCACUGGUGCUCUAUCGUCUACUAUGAACUUAACAAUCGCGUAGGUGAGGCUUACCAUGCCUCGUCAACCAGCGUGCUGGUGGAUGGCUUCACUGACCCUUCAAACAACAAGAACCGCUUCUGCCUCGGACUGCUGUCCAACGUCAACCGCAACUCGACAAUCGAGAACACCCGCAGACACAUCGGCAAAGGAGUGCACCUGUACUAUGUUGGAGGGGAGGUGUACGCGGAGUGCCUCAGUGACACCAGCAUUUUUGUCCAGAGCCGUAACUGUAAUUACCACCACGGCUUCCACCCCACCACUGUCUGCAAGAUCCCCAGUGGAUGUAGCCUAAAGAUUUUCAACAACCAGGAGUUUGCUCAGCUUCUGGCCCAGUCAGUCAACCACGGCUUUGAGGCCGUCUAUGAGCUUACUAAGAUGUGUACCAUUAGGAUGAGCUUCGUCAAGGGCUGGGGAGCGGAGUAUCACCGACAGGACGUCACCAGCACCCCCUGCUGGAUCGAGGUGCAUCUGCAUGGGCCUCUCCAGUGGCUGGACAAGGUGCUAACACAAAUGGGUUCACCUCUCAACCCAAUCUCCUCUGUGUCCUAAUGAUGGACUUUGGAGAUCCUUUCUACUUUUUUUUUUUUUUUUUGUUGUUUUUUUUUUUUUUUUUUUUACUUUUCUUUUCUCCCCCUCCAGUGAUUUUAUAAUUUAAGGUGGUCUUAAUGGCUGAACUGUUUACACUUAACUUUGGGAAGGGAUAUUGAAUUGAACUCUGGCUGGAAGUUCAACAGCAGCAGCAGCUGGAAUCAGUUGUUGAAACAGAGUAACAUUACAAGCAAAUACCUGGAGAAAGAGAGGAAUAAGGAAUGCCCAAGUAGCAGUAACGACACGGACACACUACUGCUUGACAAUGCUGACGACACCUGCAAGAAUUGAGGGCUCCAUUGUCAAGCUUGGAUCUGUCAAAUGUUAAUUUUUUUGCAUAAAGUUUUAUCGUUUUCUCAAACGUUUUUAUCUCUCUGUAUGUGUAGUUUUUAAUGAAGCAGAACUGUUUCACUACUCUGCCUUAUGUCCGACAGACAAAUUUGAAUUUUACUGAACACUUUUUACAUUGUUGUCUCAAUGUCAGAUAUUUACAAUUUUAAGAUAUAGACACGAUUAUGUUUACCAUUAGACUCAAAUAUAACAAAAUGCUUUUUAUAGUCUCUACUGCUAGACAUGAACACUGAGCUACUGCCUUUAAGAGAAGGUUAUGUAUGCCGACCGGAUAGUUUUUUUUUUUUUGAUAUGGGAGAUCAAUCACUGAACAAGUUUAACACGCCAUAAGCUAACAACAUUGUGAAUGUUACAUCUAUUGCAAUAGAAGUAGUCAUUUAUGAUAUAAUCAGACAAUGGACAUCAUCAUUAUUGAUUCUUGUUUGUACUCUAAAGUUCAAGGAAGAGUGACUGUAUUUUCCAUACUCACUGUAUUAACAAUAUUGUGCACUCAUGGAUUUUGUGGAGGCAUAUUAAAUUUUUGGCGUGGGUACCAAGGCAUUAUGUUGAUAGAUAAUUUACUUCAUUAGCCCAAUGAAAUAAACAGGUUAUUUGGUAACAA